AUGUCCAUGCUGCCCACCUUCGGCUUCACGCAGGAGCAAGUGGCGUGCGUGUGCGAGGUGCUGCAACAGGGCGGCAACAUCGAGCGGCUGGGCCGCUUCCUGUGGUCGCUGCCCGCCUGCGAGCACCUCCACAAGAAUGAAAGUGUGCUCAAGGCCAAAGCGGUGGUGGCCUUCCACCGCGGCAACUUCCGCGAGCUCUACAAAAUUCUGGAGAGCCACCAGUUCUCGCCGCACAACCACGCCAAGCUGCAGCAACUGUGGCUCAAGGCGCACUACAUCGAGGCGGAGAAGCUGCGCGGCCGGCCCUUGGGCGCGGUGGGCAAGUACCGCGUGCGCCGCAAGUUUCCGCUGCCGCGCUCCAUCUGGGACGGCGAGGAGACCAGCUACUGCUUCAAGGAAAAGAGUCGCAGCGUGCUGCGUGAGUGGUACGCGCACAACCCCUACCCCUCACCCCGUGAGAAGCGAGAGCUGGCUGAGGCCACGGGUCUCACCACCACACAGGUCAGCAACUGGUUCAAGAACCGGCGACAGCGCGACCGGGCAGCCGAAGCCAAGGAAAGGGAGAACAGCGAGAACUCCAACUCCAACAGUCACAAUCCGCUGGCGGCGUCGCUAAACGGCAGCGGCAAGUCGGUGCUAGGCAGCUCGGAGGACGAGAAGACGCCGUCGGGGACGCCAGACCACUCGUCGUCCAGCCCCGCGCUGCUGCUCAGCCCGCCGCCGCCUCCACCCGGGCUGCCGUCCCUGCAUAGCCUGGGCCACCCGCCGGGCCCGAGCGCCGUGCCCGUGCCCGUGCCCGUGCCGGGCGGAGGCGGCGCCGACCCGCUGCAGCACCACCACGGCCUGCAGGACUCCAUUCUCAACCCCAUGUCAGCCAACCUCGUGGACCUGGGCUCCUAGAGCCCCGCCUGCCUCGACGCUCUGGCCUUCCGGGCUAAGGCGCUGGGGAAUUGAGAGAGAUGGUGUCGAGAGGGCUUCCCGCGCCGGCGGCCCCACCAGGUACUGAAAGACCCGCCCGCGAUCGGGCAGAACCGCCGGCCCGGCAGGGCCAAUGGCCCUCUGGUUUAGUCUUUUUGGGGGGAUUUAUUUUCAACAAGUUGCUUUUGAGAUCCUUCGGAGGCCUGGGACCGGGUCUUGAACCAGGGAAGAGAAUAAAUUAUACACCGGUCUUACACUCUCUCUCCCCUUCUCACCACUUCUCUUUUCUUCUGUUCUCUCUUCCCUUCUUUGCCCUUCCUUCCUUGCUCUUCUCUUCCCUUCCUUUUUUUCUCUUCUUUUUCUCUCCCCUUCUUUACCCUGUUUCCCUCUCUAUUUCCGGCUUGCCUGUCACCUCUCACUAGAUUUCUGUUUCUCUCUCUCUCCCUGCUUUUAUCUCUGCUCUCGCUGCUAGCCUCGUGCAUCCUGGCCCCUGCAUCUGUGCCCUUCACUCUUCUCCCUCCUGCCUGGUCUUCUAUCCUUCCUCUAUCCCUUCCUUUCCUGGGAUGGGGAGUGGGAAGAGGAAACG